CUAGAGUCUCUCGGAUAUGCUAAAUUGCUGUCAAUUGCUGCAAGAAAUCAAGGUAAUCCUGGAGAAACAAGAUAAGGAAUUGCCAUUGGUCUGGAAUAACCAAGCGAAUGGGGACCCGGAAAUUCAGGCGCUUUACGAAUCGAUCGGGAAUCUGCAGGGCCGACUUUGUCAAGAGAUCACAGAUUAUGAUCAAUGUGAUAUUCAAUGGAUGCUUCAGAGAGAACUGUCGGACCUUCAGGCCCGAGUAGAGAACUUACAGUCGCUGGUUUCCAAUGGCCUUCAAGAAAAAUAUCACCAACAGUGCUUAAUCUGCAGUCAAUACUAAAUAAUACACCAUGGUGUCCAGCUCCAAUGAACGUUUUUGAUUAUGCAGCAGAACCCGGGUGGAUUAUCUUUCAAAAUCGAUACAUAGGCAACGAAAAUUUUUAUAGUAGUUGGGCAGAUUAUCGAAAUGGAUUUGGGAUUCCGGAUGGAGAACUCUUCAGAGGACUGGAAUAUAUCCAUCGCCGGACCAAUGACCAUCGACACGAGCUGUUUGUCUAUGUGCAGGGCUUUGGAAAUGAAAUUUCCUGGGCUCUAUACGAUAACUUCGUGAUAGGUUCUGAGGCUGAAAGCUACAGGCUUAAAAUCGUGGGCUGCUACAGAGGUGCCCAUGAUAGGCUGUCUCAACAUGUGGGCAAUGAUUUUUCGACUUUCGACAAAGAAAAUAGUCCUAAAAAUUUAUCUGCAAUGCAUCAUGGCGGCUAUUGGUAUUUCCAUGAGGAUGCGUUUGGAAGUAACAUUAAUGGCAGAUAUUUCAAGACUGAAGUAGAUUCUAAUGACGGCAUGUACUGGAUCUCAAAGGCCUCUAGUAAGGCAACAAGAAUGAUGAUUCGAUUGCGUCUUUAAA